AUGGGAGACAGAGAGAGAGAAGAGAGUGCGAAAGCGAUUAACUCGCCGUCAUCCUCGACAACGGGAGACACGAACCGUUUCGAUUCGGUAAGGUCGUCAAUUGUGGAGUCGUUUCGAUGCGGCAUCACGGGUCUCCGUGUCGACAAGGAGGAGCUGAGGCAGAAUCUCACAAUGCCGCAAUACCUCCGGUUCGCAAUGCGCGAUUGCAUCAGGUUCCAGGACCCCGCAGCCGGUGAAAGCCGCUACAUUAUUCGCCGCAAGGACGACGAAAACGAAGUUGCGCCACGGACGCCAAUCGUUGUUUUCAUUAAUCCACGCAGCGGCGGCCGCCACGGCCCUGAGCUCAAGGAGAGGCUGCAGCAUCUCAUGAGUGAGGAGCAGGUUUUUGAUAUAUUAGACGUGAAGCCUCAUGAAUUUAUCCAGUAUGGGUUAGGUUGCCUGGAGAUGUUGGCUGCUCUCGGUGAUUCUUGUGCCAAAGAAACUCGUGAAAGAGUGAGGAUUAUGGUUGCUGGCGGUGAUGGUACAGUUGGCUGGGUAUUAGGAUGUCUCACAGAACUUCACAGACAAGAUCGGAAGCCAGUUCCUCCAGUAGGGAUCAUACCACUUGGUACGGGCAAUGACCUGUCUAGGAGUUUUGGUUGGGGUGGUUCGUUUCCAUUUUCAUGGAAGCAAGCUAUUAAGAGAACUAUUUACAAGGCUAGUAUUGCUCCGAUUUGUCGUUUGGAUAGUUGGCAAGUUUCACUUUCAAUGCCAGAAGGCCCAACAGUGGAACCACCACAUUCUCUGAAGAAUACAAAAGAGUUCACUCUUGAUGAGGGCUUAGAAGUUGAAGGAGAGCUGCCUGAGGAAGUUAUAUGCUAUGAAGGCGUGUUCUACAAUUACUUCAGUAUAGGAAUGGAUGCUCAAGUGGCUUAUGGCUUCCAUCAUUUACGCAAUGAAAAACCUUACCUUGCGCAGGGUCCAAUUACAAAUAAGAUUUUAUACUCUGGUUACUCUUGCACUCAGGGCUGGUUCUUCACAACUUGCACAAGUGAUCCAAGUUUAAGAGGACUCAAGAACAUUUUGCGAAUGCAUGUCAAAAAGUUCGAUUGUUCAGAAUGGGAGCAGAUUCCAGUUCCUACAAGCGUUAGGGCAGUUGUUGCUCUGAAUCUUCAUAGUUAUGGAAGUGGAAGAAAUCCAUGGGGUAAUCUGUCGCCAGAAUAUUUGGAGAAGAGAGGCUUUGUUGAAGCACAUGUUGAUGAUGGACUUUUGGAAAUAUUUGGUCUAAAGCAAGGAUGGCAUGCAUCAUUUGUCAUGGUUGAGCUGAUCUCUGCAAAGCACAUAGCUCAGGCAGCAGCUAUCCGAUUGGAAGUCAGAGGUGGGGAGUGGAAAGAUGCGUAUAUGCAAAUGGAUGGGGAACCCUGGAAACAACCAUUGAGCAAGGACUUCUCCACAUUCGUAGAAAUAAAGAGGGAACCUUUCCAGUCACUCAUGAUUAGUGGAGAGUGAUUCUUUGUGAAGGUUGAUUGUUCCAUAGGUGGGAUUCAUACAAUGCGUGUAUAUUAAAUGUAACGUAAUUUUAGGUCAUAGCUCUACUGUAUGGAAAAAUGAAUAUUGUCAAAAUUCAUCUCCUAUUUUUUUCAUCCUUAAA